AUGGCCCAAACGACCAUCGUCCCCUUCUCGACCCUGCCGGCCUGCGUGUCGUCCUGCGGUCCCCUCUACGACGUCAACGGCGCCUGCGUGCCCCCAGCUGCACCAACAGCCGAGGCCUCCGCCUACGAUGCUUGUUUCUGCUCCGACGCCCGGCUCGCUCCCUUUUCCACCACAACAGGAGGCGUGUGCGAUGCCGCCUGUGCCGCAGAUCCUUCGGGGCUUGCCACCCUCACGAGUUGGUACCAGAGCCUGUGUGCGAAUGUGGGUGAGGCAGCGAGCUCGUCAUCGUCGAGCAGCAGUGGAAGCUCCGGUAGUUCCUCAUCAAGCUCAAGCUCAGGUGGCGGCGGUUCAUGGAUCGACGGCCACUGGCGCUGGGUGGUCUUCAUCAUCGUCAUGGUGCUCGGCAUCGCAGGCAUCUGGAUCGGCGCCGCCCUGUGGCGGAGAUCAUAUCUGCGCAAGAAGGACCGCCAGUACGCCUUGGGCAAGAACCUCGCACAGCGGACGGGCUCGGGCCAGAACCCUUACGGCGGCCCGCCCGGCGGCACGCCCACACGGUCCCAGGGUUCCAUGCACCCCGGACGACCCGGCGUCUUCAUGCCCGCCACCAUCUCCGAGGCCAACGUCUACGAUACCGAGAAGCAGGGCAAGACUAAGAACAAGUGGCGCGUCAGGACAUGA